UUCCUUGCGGCGGCUAUCCAUUAUCCAACAACAACAUCAACAAAAUAAAACGGGAAUCGUAACUCAUUUACUUCGGCUGCUCGGAUAGGAAAAUAAAAAUAAUUUGCAAUUAAAUAUUAUAGUAAUUCAUGAAUGUUAUACAAAAUCGGUUAAUUAAUGGACGUUAUCAAGACCUAAAUGCUAGUUACUAAAAUUAAGCAAAUAAAUUAAAUUAAAAAAACCUAAAUUAAUCACUUCGUCAGAAAAUCCAACGGAGGAAAAUAAUAAUACAUACAUUAUAAGAAGCAGAAGGAAUAAAGAAAUCCAGCACACUGCCCGAUAACAAUAUUACAGCAAACGGCGUGGGCCAACGCGGCGAAGGGGACGGUGACGACGACGUCGAUACCCUUUACGAAAAUAUUAGUCUACAGCUAGGUAUUGAUCUUCGCGACGAUAUUGUUCAAGAAGAAAUCAAUACUAUAGUGGAAUUAGUAUUGCAAUUAGCUGCCCGUCCCCUUACCGCAACAUCAUCAGUUGAAACAACAAACAAUACAACAACUACAACAGCAGCAGCAAUAGUAGCACCGGACACAGUAGCAUCAGCUACAUCAUAUAUAACAACAGUAUUAACUGAAGCAAUGGACUCUAAUAAUGUUGGAAAUUUUGCUAUGACAACUUCGGCUUCUUCUACUGAAAUAACAGAACCAACAGUUGUUACAUCAACAACAAUCAGGAUUCCAAAUAGGCAGGUUGAAUUAGCCACUGACGGGUGUGAAGAAGAAGCUAUGGAUACUCAAGAAGCUGAUAAUACGAUGCUGAUCCCCCCACUUACUGAGCCACCAACACCUCCUGAAACACCACCAGAUAGUCCAGAACCAGCAGAUGAUAAUCUGGAGCAGCAUCGUGAGGAGCAGCCAGAUGUUCUCGAGCCACUGGCAUUCCUGGAAAAGCCACAAGGUGAAGAGGAUGCCGAAACACGUCAAAUUGCUGACGUUGAUGAUGAUGCGAAUAUGCAACCCGCAUCACCAAUCGUCGUUAAUUCAAUUAUAUCAAAUGAACUAUUAGCGAGCAUGGAUACAACUACUUCACCGCUGAAGGGUGACGAAGAAGACACUGUUACCGACGUUGUCGAAGAGCAGCGGCAAGAUGAUGUUGAACAGUCAACGUCCAUGACAGGACCAAAGUUGGAAGAUGAAGUUCGCUCUGAAGCCACUUUUUCAUACGUCGUACGUAACAUUUCUAAAUUAAAAGAAACCGAAUUAUCACCCCCGACUUAUGUGCGUAAUUUACCCUGGCGAAUUAUGGUCAUGGUUCGCAAUGCGCGCAAUCAACCUGAAACUAAGUCGUUGGGAUUCUUUUUGCAGUGCAACGGUGAGAGUGAUUCGACAACAUGGUCAUGUAAUGCUUCGGCAGAAUUGCGUUUAAAAUCCUUUAAGGCCGGACAAGAGGCAUUUGUACAGAAAAUCAAGCAUCUCUUCUACAGCAAGGAAAACGAUUGGGGAUUUUCAAUUUUCAUAGCCUGGAAUGAUAUAUUCAAUCCGGAAAAGGGUUAUGUUCAAAAUGAUUGUAUUGUAUUAGAGGUUCAUGUUAUGGCAGAAGCUCCACACGGGGUAUUUUGGGAUUCAAAAAAACAUACUGGUUAUGUAGGACUAAAAAAUCAGGGAGCAACUUGCUACAUGAAUUCAUUGCUUCAAACACUCUAUUUUACUUGUCAGUUAAGAAAGUCUGUUUACAAAAUGCCGACUGAGGCAGAUGACAGUUCGAAAAGCGUAGGUCUAGCAUUGCAAAGAGUUUUUCAUGAUUUACAAUUUGCCGAUAAACCAGUUGGCACUAAAAAAUUGACUAAAAGUUUUGGAUGGGAGACGUUGGAUUCAUUUAUGCAGCAUGACGUUCAAGAAUUUUUGCGUGUGUUGCUAGACAAAUUGGAAUCUAAGAUGAAGGGCACCUGCGUUGAGGGAACAGUGCCUCAUCUAUUCGAAGGUAAAAUGUCUUCGUACAUCAAGUGUAAGAAUGUAGAUUGCAAUAGCACCCGGUGUGAGACUUUUUAUGACAUUCAACUUAAUAUAAAGAACAAGAAGAACAUUUAUGAAUCGUUCCAUGACUACAUCGAUCCAGAGACUCUGGAAGGCGAUAAUAAAUACGACGCUGGUAUUCAUGGUUUACAGGAAGCUGAAAAAGGUGUAAUUUUCACCUCAUUCCCACCGGUUUUGCAUUUGCAUUUAAUGCGAUUCCAAUACGAUCCAUUUACAGAUAAUUCUGUUAAAUUCAAUGACCGCUUUGAGUUUUACGAUGAGAUAAAUUUAGACAGCUAUUUGGCAGAGAAGGAGUCCACUCCAGCUACAUACAAAUUGCAUGCAGUCCUAGUUCAUUCGGGUGAUAAUCAUGGCGGUCAUUAUGUUGUCUAUAUAAAUACUAAUGCCGAAGGUAAAUGGUGCAAGUUUGACGAUGACGUCGUCUCAAGUUGCACCAAAAUCGAAGCUAUUGAACAGAAUUAUGGCGGGGCUGAAGAUGAAAUUGCCAAUGCAAAGAACUGCAGCAAUGCCUACAUGUUGGUGUAUAUUCGCGUGUCUGAACUGCCACGCGUUCUUGAAGAAAUUACAGAGAAUGAUAUUCCUUCUGAUUUGGUGGAACGUUUAAAUGAGGAAAAACGUAUGGAACAAGUUCGUCGUAAGGAUCGUGCCGAAGCUGGAUUGUUUGUAGCAAUCCAUGUAAUUCUCGAGGAAUACUUUGAAGGUAAUCAGGGUACUGAGAUUUUCGAUUUAGAAAAAGUUACCGUCAGAGCUUUUAAGCUAAAGAAAACUCAAACUGUAGCCGAUUUGGUUCAAACUCUUCUACAGGCGUUCAGUGUCCAGGAAAAUCGUAUUCGAAUUUGGCCAUUGGCUCAGCGAUCCCAGGUUCAGAGAUUUACUUAUUUUAGCAUUGCUGAAGAAUACAAUAGGCCACUCAGCAGUGUCAUAGAGCUGCAAGGACCUUGGGUUAUUUUUCUUGAGCUUGCUAGUCCAUUGCAUAUUGGACCAUUGCCGGUAUUUGAACGAAAACGUGACAUCUUACUAUUUUUCAAAUACUACGAUCCAACUAAUAAACGUUUGCAUUAUCUUAACUGUGGACAAUAUGCUUUGUCAUUCAGAGUGAGUGACUUAGUUCCACAGGUUAAUUUACUUCUUGGAUUCGAUCCAACCACCGAAUUGACUGUCUAUGAAGAAUGUGGACCGAAUCCAAUGCAACGUUUGUCAAAUCAAGCCGAAACUCUUGACAGGGCUCUUAAUUUAUCCAAUCAUGAUAGUUUGCAUGGAAAUAUAUUGAUAUUCGAAAAGAAACAUGUCGAUGAAAAACUAGAGCUACCCACGGUUGAAGAUUAUUUUCGAGACUUACAGUCACGCAUUGAAUUGACUUUUUGCGACAAAAGCAAUCCCAAUGAUCCAGGAUUUCUUUUGGAACUCUCAAAUCGCAAUACUUAUGAUCAAAUGGCUCAAGCUGUGGCACUCCGUAUAAACACCGACCCUAACAGAAUUCAAUUUUUUAAAUGCAUUCCAAACUACAAAGACACUCCAGGGAAUGCAUUACGUUGCUUGUAUGAUUGUACUAUUAAGGAUCUUUUAUGCUUUACCAAGCCCAGAACACCAAAGAAACUCUUUUAUCAAAGACUGUCAAUGAAUAUUCAUGAAUUGGAAAACAAGAGACAAUUUAAAUGUCAAUGGCUUUCAUCAAAUCUUAAAGAAGAGCGUGAACUAGUUUUGUAUCCAAAUAAAAAUGGAACUAUUAAAAAUCUUCUCGAAGAAGCAGCUAAACAGAUACAAUUCGGUGAAGAAAGUACCAGAAAAUUACGUAUGGUGGAAGUGGCUAACCAUAAACUUUUACCACGGCCUCGUGAAGAUACAACACUAGAAUCUCUCCAACCUCCGGAUUCAAUGGCCAAUCAAUCACACCAUAAAAUUUAUCGUAUCGAAGAGAUACCUCGUGAUGAAAUACUCUUGAUGGAUACAGAAAUGUUAAUUCCAGUAGCACACUUUAGCAAGGACAUAUAUAGUUCGUUUGGUACACCAUUUUUUAUAAAAGCCCGAUAUGGAGAACCAUACAGUGAUUUGAAGGAACGUAUACAAAAGAAACUUAAUGUUCCCGAAAAGGAAUGGGAAAAGUUUAAAUUUGCUACUGUUGCAUUGGGGCGAACCGAAUAUAUCGUUGAUGACAAUCUUACCAUAAAUUUGGACAUUUUUAAACAUGCUACACAAGGUGGAUCACCAUUACCAUUUUUUGGACUUGAGCAUGUUAACAAAUCUCAAAAACGCACCCGGUACAAUUAUUUAGAGAAAGCUAUUAAAAUCUAUAAUUAGCUUCAGAGAGUUUCGAUUUGGAGUUCUCUUUGAUAUAAUUUUGCUUUACGAAAAAGAGACAAAUUACUCUUAGGGAACAAAACAAGAAAACCACUAAGUGCAGUGAUUGAGUCCAAGUCCAAAUAAAAAUAGAAUCAAAAAACAAAAACAUUGAAUAUUAUAAAGCAUUGUUUUCACUUCGGAAAACUCAAAUUUGGCUUAAACUAAAACAAAAUAAAAGCUUAACUUUUAAGCUGGUUUCUUAUAUACAAAAAUAUAUUCUUUGCCAAAACUAUUCCCAGAGUAGUUUAAUUUUUCUUUUUGUUAAUAUAAAUAAAAAUAUAUAUUUUGUAAAAUAUUUUUGUUUGUGAUCCUAAAGUGUGACAUAAUUUUAUUUCUAUUGUAUUUUUUUAACUUAUUCUCAAUUCGACGCAAAUGAAUUAAAAAAAUGUUAAUUUGAAGACUGAAGAAAUAAAAAAGCUAUAUUUAUCAAAAAUACUUACUAUAUCUAGCCUGUUAUCAAUUAAUAAAGUAAUGAACUGAAUACUUUUUUAAUUUUUAUUUUACACUUCUAUGUAUUGCUUUAUUUUAUUAUAUAGAAAAACCCAAACAAAUUAAACACAGCGUUACAAUGUAUUUAUUUAUAGUUUGUUUUUGUUUAUACCAAAAAUAUCAGUUUUGUGACUAUUUAGUUACUAUCGUUUUUUUAAAUUUUUUUUUUAUAUUUUUUUUAAAUGUUCAAAAUUACAUAAUUUAAAAUUAAGAUAAAAAAAUAUGAUGAAUAAAAAAUGGUAUCCUUAAUAUGUAUGUUUGUUAUUGGUGUGUAUAUAUAUAUAUAUAUGCAAAAUCCUAAUCCUUUCUAAAUCGUAAUACUAAGGGUAAUGUCCAAUAAAAACAAAAUUUGAUAAUAUGAAAUGUUCAUUAAAAGAUUUCAAAAUAAAAUGUAUAAUCGAAUAUGCGAUUUGUGUGCAUAAUUUAUAUCGUUAGCUAAUUUUGUAUGUUUUAUUUGAUGCAAAUCUCUUUAUAUUAAGAAUUAUAUUCUGUGAUAAUUUUUUCUGAAAAAAAUUGUUUUCAUCAGUAAGAGAAUUUCCUCUUUUUUGUGGCGGCAAGUGGAUUCUUUAGAUAAAUUACAUUAAUUGCUAGACAUUUGUGUUUUUUUUAAUAGUAAAUUUAACUUAUUUUAGUUUACACAGCUUGAUACUUAAUGCUUUUCAUUGAAACAACCUUUGAAUAUUAUAAAUAAGUUGAAUCAAUUUAAAAAAAAAAAGAAGUUGGUUUUUGUAUUUUUGCUCAUCAUUUAGUUUUUUUUUUUUAA